ACACCAUCUUUACUAGCCAAAGUGUCGUACUCCAUGGCAUUGCCAUCGCUCACCUUAGACUGAAUACGAACAAUUGAAACUCAAUAACCCUGCUCUAAUUUAAGGAAAAUCCUUUAGGAUCAAUGAUUUAACUUUUUUCCUGAGAAUGAAUGAAGGUAAUCGAAACCCAUUAAACCCACUUCAAAUUAAAGGAAACCCCAUUUCACGCCCUACCUCUUCUUCUCAAAAUAUUUCAGCUUUCUUCCUGAGAAUGAAUAAGGGCAAUCAAAACCCAAUAACCCUUUUUGAAUUCAAGAAAAAACCAUCUCAACUCAAUCAAGCGUCGAUUUCUUUUUCCUCCUCAUAUUCAACAAUUAAGCAUCGAUAAAACACAGGUGAACAGAGACGCCUACUGGAAAAGAAGGGGAGGGGAGGGGUUUAAUGGGUGAUCCCAAAUGGGUAAGAGUGACAGAUUUUGAUAAAAUAGAGGAAAAGAAAAAGAAAGAGAAGGAAAUGAAUAGUCAAGAUAGAAAUGAGAAGCAAAAUGUGAGGUGUGAUGGUAAAGGGAAAGGCAGAUCUUCGCCCAUGGGAAUAGGGAAAAUGAUGACUUCUGAUUCUUUAUUGGUUGCCUGUGACAUUGGAUGUGAGAGAGUUCUACGGGAAAAUGCUAAAAAAUUGAAAGCCACUUGUAAUGGUGGUUUUCGCACAGCACCGCCGGAAGGGCCAUGUGAAUUAGCUUCAUCUCCUCUAUAA